AUGUCGACACCAGAACAACAGACAAAGCAAGAAAAGAAGUCUCGAGAUUCGGUCAUGCUCCAAAUUUGGCUGAAUGAACCAGAAGAUGUCGUCUCUGCGAGUGAUACAUGGUCCAGUCAAAGAGCUGUUGCCGAACCGAGACGCCACCUCGACCUCGUCCAAUCCUCCCGACCGAAGAACAAGGACACAGACACAGCAAUGGCUGCCUAG